UCAGCGCGCAUUUCAAGCUCAGCCGGCAACGACUUCGGCCACUGCGGUGCGCUCCCGAGGCUUCCUCCAGCCCGCUCCCUUGACCCGAGAGAGGACCGCGGGGCGUCGUCGCAGUCCGAGAGCGAAGCAGCUCCCCCUCCUGGCUCCGCUCGGGAAGAGCAGCGCCGUUGCUAUUGGCUUUGCGAGAGGCGCUGUCGCUAGGGCGGCAGCUUGGCGAGGUGGCUUCAAGCGGAGCCGGGGCUGCGCGCCCUGUAACCAAGGAACCGGCCGCCUGCAUAGGCGACGCACGGCUCUUCCCGCCGCGUCCUCCUCCCUGCGCACCAGCCCGCGCCUUUCCCAGCUCCAACCUUCACCGAGGAGGGAGAGAGAUGGCAGGGUUUCCUUGCCUCCUGGCUCGAGCUCGGCUCUAACAGGGGACCGGGAGUCCAGGUAGUUCAGGACCGGUGCCGCUGGUCGGACCUCGGGCUUUUUCUUACCAUAGUCCCCGCCCUGCCCUGCUGCUCCUAGCCUGCUCGUUCUGUGGAGCGAGCUGGGAAAAGGAUAGUAGCAGGAGUCGCCGGAGAAGCAGCACGCGAACACCAGCCUCCGUUCCUCGGCGAGCUGAUGGCGUCUCGUCAGCAAAACAGAAUUCAAGCCUACCUGGAAAGGAACAAGAUCGGGCCCCUGUUCGAGGAACUGAUGACCAAGCUAAUAACAGAGACUCCUGAUCAUCCAAUUCCAUUUCUCAUUGACUAUCUUCAGUCCAAACAAGGGAAUCACGGCCACAUUCAGAGAACUUUGUCUGGAUCUGCUGCUCUUUGGGCAGAGAGUGAAGCUUCAGAACAUAAGGGAGCCAGAAGGGAUUUCAGAAGUUAUGAUAAACCCUGGAAGACAAAUGCAAAGAAGCCUAAAAAAUCAAAAAGUGACCUUGCAGUAUCCAGCAUUUCUCCUCCAUCACCAGAUUCUAAAUCAUUGCCACGAUCAGUAGGACACCUGAAAUGGGACUUUAAGUCAAAGUCAGAGCAUCAUGAUUUUGAUGAAUUAAAUCAUAUCCUUCAAGAAAGUAAGAAACUUGGCAAAGCUCUCGAAAAUCUUUCUCAAAGCAUUGCAAUUUCUGAUGGGCUCAAUAAGGAAACAGCAGCUUUUAAUACUUCACUUCUUCGGCCUCGGGUAGUUGGAGAAUGGAUAGGACGUGAAGAAAAUGAUGCAGAUCCACUGGCUGAUGAAAUGUUGCAGCCUCCAGUACCAAGAAGCAAAAUGGAACAGUGGGACAGUGAAGAUAGUAGCAGUCCUGGAGGAAGUUUAAAGAUGAAACCGAAGACUAAAGGACUGAAACAUCAGCAGCAGCAACAUAAAAAAUUGCUGGCUGCGAUGCUUUCACAAGAUUCGUUUGAUUCUCUACCCAGCACAACUCCUUCAGUAACAGAAGAAGAUAUUGACAAUGAAGAUGAUGCCAUGGAACUGCUGGAAGAUCUUGAUGAUUUAAGAAUGGAAGGGGUAACCAGUGUGGUUUCUACUGGAAGCAAAUUUAACCAAACUCGAAAUUCACAUACAGCUGAACCACAAGCCAAAGUCACCCUGAACAUCUGUGCAAGAUGUGCCAGAUUGCAAGGAGAUACUUUGACAGAAAGUGCAGAGGAUCCGUCUGUUGUCUGUCAUACAUUUGAGCAAGAAGGACCAGAAUCUGUUGUAUCAGAGCCUGGAACAGAAAUAUCAAUGGAGAGUAUUGAUGAAUUGGAGAAUGUAUCCCAAGCAACUGAGCUGAAUCAGCCAGCCUGGACUCUAGACAUUAUGGAUUCAAGAAGUAGAGACUCUUCAAGUCAGAAAGUAUUAGAAGGUUCACUGGCUGCAAAAGAACUACAAACUAUGGAAAAACACCUUUCUGACAUUGCAAAGGACCUAGCGUUGUGGGAAGAAGGAAGAUUAUCAAGAAAUACCACUGGACAAUCAACUCAUAUAAUUCCGCUAGAUCACCAAGGAAAUUUUAAAAUUACCCUUAGCCAGGAUUCAGGACCAGUUCAGAGUGGGAAAGAUAUUCAGCUCCAGCUUCAAAGAAACAAAUCACCACCAUUAUCCAGCAACAAUAGCUUGCUAGUCUCCAGUGUUACAAACAGUGGACCUCAGUCUUCCAAUACUCAGACCAACAGAUCUUCUGGGCUGCCAACUCCCCUAAACAGAUCUGCAACCCCAAAUACUUUGUUACAAAGACUUGUUUCCCCUAACAACCAAGAAAACAAAGAAGGAACCAUUAGUAUGCAAAGAAGCCAGUCUUUAAUAUCAAAGAAUCAACUGGGAAGGACCAUCACCAAUCCUGCAGGACAUCUUGAAACAACUGGAGUUGCUCUAGGAAAUAUCACUCAAAGAAGCAGUAUGUCCGAAGAUGACUUCCUACAACAACUUCAGCUUGCUCACCAGCCAUGGAUUUUGCCAACUGAUACUGAAAGUGAAGAAGCAGAAGCAAAUCGAGAUAAAUGCUUGUGAAAGAAAUUGUGGAUGCAAUGAAGAACAAUUUAUCCCAAGUAUAAAACAUGCAGAUAACUAGCUAUUUUCAUUUAUUGUGCAAUAAAGCUUAGUUUUAUAAAUGCAACAUGUAAUAGAAUUAUUGUAAAGUGUGGAUGCUACAAUGUACCAAACUCCAGAUAUUAUCACAGUAAUAGCGGCCAUAGGUAAAGAUUAUUAAGAGUCAUUUUUUAAUGCAUAGGUCUAAUCAAAUUCAUUUUGUUUAAUUUAUAUCUCUUGUUUUAGAUUGACAUUUGAUAUAUUUAGCUUUGCCUGAUGAAAAUCACACCUCCUUAAAGAUUUUCUGCAUUUCAGAUUUUUUAUUCCUCAUAUUUUUAUAACCUUGUCUUGUUUUUAAUUCAAUGAAAUGUUAUUUCAUUUGACCACAUUGUAUGUGUGUAAGUGAGUGAGUGAAUGUGUGUAGCCCAGCCAAUAGGAUUACUGUUGUUGGAAGGAAUGGAAAAUGAGUUAUAUAUACUACUAAGAACCUCUAUAGAUAGAGCUCAGGGUAAAUGGGCAGCUGUUCAGUGUAAUACAUUUAGAAAUGAAUGAACAAUUAAUGCGUGGAGGGUGUUUAUAUGCAUGUGUGUAUUUAUUCAAGCAUAAUUUACUGAAAUUAGUUUCACAUUGUUACAUGAAAGCUUUUACUUAGUGAAUUAUGUGGAAUAAUUUAUGCAUGCAUAAAUAAAAUAUUUUAAUUUCAAAUAUGAUAUUAUUUACUCAAAUCUUUACUGCUUUAAGUAUUUGAUAACAUAGGUUUGUGUUUUAUAUGUUUGAAACAAACAUUUGAAGCAGAUUGCUUUGGGCUGACUAUGAAAUUUGUCCCAGGAGUUAUGAAUGUUGACGUCUGCAGUAUUCAUUUACUUAUUUCAACUGCGAGUGGAGAUAUGUUGCACUUAAUUCAAUGGCUUUUAGUAGGUAUGCAUAAGAUUGUGUUGUUCAGUUAGACAUGAGUUUGCCUUCUUUUCUUUUUGAUUUCAGUUUCUGAAUCACAGACUUACUACCGUUAUAAUAGUUAUAAGUAUCAAAAUAAUAAUAAAUAAAACCAAAUUUCCUAUCACAAA